AUGAGAAGAGUUGAAAUUAAUGAAUCGGAGGUAAAAGAACUCUUGAGAAAAUUUGGUUGCUCAAUCACUGGUAAUAUAAAGAUGAUUAAACAUCUGAUUCCUGGUGCAUUAGAACGUCUUGUGAUUGAAACCAUUAUCAAAAAAACUAAUGAUUACUUUGAACUUGAAGAGAAUGAUAAAUAUGGCAAACAAGAUGGUGAUAAACAUGAUGAUGAAAAGCAACUACAGACUUUAGAAAUGAAAGUAGUUAAGACAACAGAACAACUGUUGAAGUUAACAGAUUCAAUUUCAAUAAAUCGUACUGGAAUUAAUGAAGUUAGCAAAGCUGCUUCAACAAAAUUACGACAACAAAUUUAUGGUAGUGUUCUUGGAAAUUGUGGAUUUUCUGAUAUUGCUAUUGGCAAAGAAAAUAAAAAACAUCCAUUGAUUGCAACAUUACAAAAAGAUAUUCUAGAUUUAAUGAAUCGUUAUCGUACAAUUAAAAACCCAGAAAAAUUGUCAAAAAUUGAAAGCUUGAAUGAUGAGAUUGUUAGACAAAUUGUUAAUAUAUUUUUUUUUCAGUUGAAAGCACAAGAACCUGUUGCCCAUUGGAAAUUUUUUAUGAAUAAAACAAGCAUCGAUAACACUAUGAUGGAAGGAUGUUGGGACAUAACUGAGCUUGAAAAUUUACAUGUUGAUAUUUGUGCGUUUCCAAUGAUUGUAUCUAAUCUUUGCAAAGCUGAUGAUAAAAAUUUGAAAGUAAUCUUUCCAGCUCAAAUUAUCACAGGUAGAAAUAUUAAAUGUGACAAAGGUGAAGUUAAAUAUGAUUAA